AUGGGCCCUAUUGACCAGCACUGGACUUCCUUUUCGAAUAUUGACCCCGAGAGUGACCAUGCGAACAGAAUACAUACCGUCAUCGACAACGCAAAUCUCGAUUAUCUUUGCACCCAAGCUCUUCAGCUUCGCCAGGAGCAGCUUCUCCAGAAACAAACAGAAAGCUUGAAUCCACUGGCCUGUACUGUUGACCCCAGCAAGUUCGCAAGUGGUGCAUGCAACGUGGUGAUCGCAUUAAACUUCUCUGAUGGACUCCAAUGGGUAGCCAGAAUUCAGCUUCCUGUUAAUGAUGGGCAUGAUGAUGAGAGUGUCACAACAUCAUUACUAAGCGAAGUCGUGACAAUGCAAUUGAUCCGCGCUCGGUCCACUAUACCUAUACCCACCGUUUUUGGAUAUGAUGCAUCGACCAAGAACAUUGGAUAUCGGUAUAUUUUGAUGGAAGCUCUUCGUGGUCAUGUCCUCACUGGCCGAAUGUUAUUAUCGGUACCAAAUAUACACCAAGAAAAAUUCAUCUCCCAGCUGGCUGGUCACCUACAUGACUUGAGCACAAUUCGCUUCAGUCAAAUUGGCCGUCUCGGCUACUCCGAUAAGCUAGGCAAGCAUGUAAUAUUACCAUUUUCUGUCCCAGGAUCUUCGAAAAAAAUCAGUCCUAAAAACACCUCGUUUGAAUUUUUCUACCAAUUCCGGAAAGAACAUACCAAUUUGAUACUUCGGGACCAUAUGGGAGAUCAAGAAUGGGAGGCAGCAGCGCGACUACUGGAGAGAUCCGUAAUGAUGAUGAUUACGGAAGAAAACAUCAAUGGACCAUUUCCACUUUGCCACAUAGACUUACACUACAACAAUAUCCUUGUCGAUGAUGAAUACAACAUAACCGGCUUCAUCGACUGGAGUCAUGCCCAGACUAUGCCUAUCGAGCGAUUUGCUAUAAUCCCAGAGUUGGUGAUACCGCCAGCUGCACCAGUGGAAAUCAAAAAGGCAAUUGCCAGCUUUCGCGAAAUGUUCGUGAAAGCCAUGGCGAAGGUUCAAAUUGAGCGUGAAGGACUGCAGUCGACAGAAGAGGCGACAUUGUCACAUCUCUUUGCAUCUUCACGAUCGGAACUUAUUGUCCGAUGUACCUAUAGCUAUCCCUGGAGGGCCGUUUUCGAUGCUCAACUGAUUCUUCCUCUGCUGUACGGGCCAAGCGCCCGUUGGGUAGAUUUCCAGCGCUAUUACUCAGAGGGCUCUUUAUAG